CUCUCAUCAUUUCCAACUCUUUUCUUUCUCUCUCCCCAAAUCGUACGGCCUCAGAUCCAUCGCCGUCAUCGCCGCCGAAGAUGUCCUCCGGCACCUGCUCCUCCACCGUCGAUCCCGCCGCCGGCGCGGCCAAAGAGUUCAUGCUGUUCGGCGUGCGCGUGGUGGUCGACUCCAUGAGGAAGAGCGUCAGUCUCAACAAUCUCUCGCAGUACGAACACCCUACCGAGGCCUCCAACAACAAUAACAGCUCCGGCGCCGGCAAGGACGACGCCGUCGCUGGUUACGUAUCUGAGAACGACGUCGUUCACAAUUCUGGCGGGAAUCGCGAGCGAGAACGCAAGCGAGGAGUUCCGUGGACGGAGGAUGAGCACAAGCUAUUUCUGGUUGGAUUGCAGAAAGUAGGGAAAGGAGAUUGGAGAGGGAUCUCAAGGAACUAUGUCAAGACUCGCACGCCGACUCAGGUGGCCAGCCAUGCUCAGAAAUACUUUCUCCGCCGGAGCAACCACAAUCGCCGCCGCCGCAGAUCUAGCCUAUUUGAUAUCACCACUGAUUCGGUCCCUGCAAUUCCAAUUCCAAUGGAAGAAGAGCAAGAUAACACAUCUCACUCGCACUCGUUGCCACCACCUCCACCACAAUCCGAAUCUUGCAAUCCUAACGGAUUUUCGAUGCUGCCAAUUUUUCCAAUGAACGUAGGUCCAGCUGUUGUACAAGUCCCCACUAAGAAACCAACAGGAAAUCUGACACUGGGACAAGGAAAUCCGGGGUGUCCUUCCCCUAAGAUCGUCCAUCCAGUUGCUCUGCACUCGGCCCCUCAUGCUACAGAAGCAUCUGAUCUAAACUUGAAUGCGACAAUUGACACAUCGCCUCUAGCUCUCAACCUCUCCUUGUCAAUGAACUCGAGGGAAUCAUCGUCAAGGCAUUCGGCUUUCCAAGCAAUGUCAAGCUUCGGCAAUGGGGACAACAUCAUCAGUGUUGCUUGAGAAUGUUGUAUUUUGUGGAAUUGGUUUAUAAUUUAGAGCAUUUGGGUUAAGAUAAAAAGCUAUCCCAAGAUUGACAGGGUAAAUUAGGUGACUGAAUUUGUUCCUCUAGUUUGUUGUACAGACCCUUGAGAUAAUGUUAUGUUAUGUCCUCCUGUUCUUGUUGGUUUGUGCUAA